AAAAUUGUCGCUAACGACAUGAUAUUCUUGUUUAAUUCUUAGAUAUUUCAGAUUUGUUGUGAUAUGCUAUGUUAUUCUAUUCCUUCUUCAAAUCCCUAGUUGGAAAGGAUGUUGUAGUUGAGCUAAAGAACGACCUCUCCAUUUGUGGAACUCUUCAUAGUGUAGAUCAGUAUCUUAACAUCAAGUUGGUUGACAUCUCUGUAACUAACCCUGACAAGCGUCCUCAUAUGCUCAGUGUUAAAAACUGCUUCAUUCGUGGAUCUGUUGUAAGGUACGUUCAGCUGCCCGCGGACGAGAUAGACACUCAGCUGCUCCAGGACGCUGCAAGGAAAGAAGCUGCUCAGAACAAAGCUUAGAGUAG